AUGAUGGAUGUCAAGCCUUUCUCUCCCAACUCCAGCAAUGCGAGUAAGAAAGACGAAAAGUCCGGAGGCGUGGUUGCCGGCGGAUUGGUAGCGGCGCGCAGAAGUACCUUUGUACGGGACUUUAGUAUUGGAGGCUUGAUCCCCUCGUUUUCCAAAAAGAACAAGGGCAAGGACAAAGACAAGCAGGAUAAGGGUAAGGACAAAGACAAGGAGGAUAACACUAAUAAUAAUAGCAAGCAAGAACCCAAGGCCAGCAAUAAGAAAGCCUCCACAAAAUCUCCCAUCAAGGCUGUCAAGGAUAAGUUUGAGGCUACCAAGGACAGCAGCAAGGAAAAAGAAGUUAAGGAUGCUGCUAUUACCAAUACCACCAAGGACAGUGCUAAGAAAUCCUCCUCUCCCUCCCCCAAAUCGGAACAGCCUGCUACUAGUACUGGUAGAGGCCGAGCAGCUCCCGCCACCCGAAAAGUGGGGCGCAAACGAUCCAGCUCGCUAACGUCCAUGGGUCGUCGCAGGGGAACUAUCUCGGAUAAGAAAGAUACCAGCAAGCCUGCGACUACUAAACACAUCAAGGGUAGCAAGUCGUUCGACAUCCUGGCACCCGAAAAAAAGAAAAAAGACGAAGACGACGACAUUUUUGGCUUUGAAAAGGGUAGCAGCAGCUUAACAGAGCUAGAUGCAGCCAAGGAAGUGGUUGAGAAGGAGCACUUACCACACAAGGCCAAGAUUAGCCAUUUUGAAUUGAGAAGCAGUCAAAAUGCGGCGUUGGGAUAUGGCUUUAACUGGAAAGAUCAAAUGAAUUCUUCAACAUCAGCAAAACCCUCCAGUAGAUCCAGACGGCACACCAUGGAUCUGGGAGGAGGAGAACGAAAAAAGAGUCCACCUCUGAAUAAAAGCUUCGGCAAUGACAGCACUCACAGCGCCCCGGCCGUCAGCAAAAAAAUUGCCGCCAACAGACGGACCAGCACAUUUCGCAACAGCACGGGACGCACCAGCAACUUUCGCAACAGCACGGGAUCUUCUUUUGACGAUGAGAACAGCAUCAGCAGCGACAACACAUCGUCUACCAUUUCUACAGCUGCUAGCAACUACAACAACCUAUCCGCCGCCAAUGCGAAACGAAAUGGCACGUUCCGAAAUAGCACGGGACAGAGUCUCGACCUAAGCAGCGACGACAACUGCGGCGACACUCUCGGUCCACUUCCAACAACACGAAGAGGCUUUCGUAGCAGCACGGGAGACAUGGACGACAGCAGUGCCAGCAACGCAUUUGCUAGUACCAGAAGAGCCAGCAGCGCAAACUACAACUACAACACCCGAAGAGCCAGUGCGUUUCGUGCCAGCACGGGGACCAUGGACGAUAAUAGCAGCAAUGCCACGCACGUGACGAGCAACAAUGCUCGCAGAAGCGGUGCGUUUCGUGCCAGCACCGGAACAACCAACGAGGACCUGUCUCCGAAUCGCAGCAGAAGUCGUCGGGUCAGUCAAGUGGUCGAGUCCAAAAUGAAAACACUAUCGCUGGGUCUGGCCAAAACCUACAAUGUCAAUCUCGACCUCGACGAGGAAGACAUUGAGGAAGAAUUGACACUUGACAAACUGGCAGUGGUACGAAAGAGAGAAUCGACAGCUCAGUUCCUCGAUCGCCAACGAGCGUUUGACGGUCAUAGCUCUCUCGGUGCUUUGGAUUCCAGCACCAGUUCCUUGCCGACGCUUAACGAAUUGGUGAGCAAGGGCAACACCAAUAGGAAGAGUUUCAACAACAGUUGGGGCGAUAUUGAGGAACAAAUCCAAACCAGAGAAUUCGUGUGCACAACGCAAUUUCCUCAAUUGGCCGAAACGAAAACCAAGUUAGCUGACAAUUGGAAAAAGACACCGCCGCCACAAGAACCACACAAGCUUCAGACUCUUACGCAAGAGCCAUCUGGAGAGGCAAAGAAGGACUUUAUCUCGGGAAGGGAAGGAAACUUUGAAGACUUCUACCAACUGGGGGAGAUGCUGGGAGAGGGAGAGUUUGGUGCCGUCCACAGCUGUACCCACAAGGAGACUGGAAAUGAAAGAGCUGUUAAGAUCAUCCUAAAGGAAGAAAUGAGUGAAUUGGAGUACGACAAUGUUAUCCAGGAGUUCCAGAUUCUCACUGACAUUGACAACCCAAAUGUCAUUCGAGUCUAUGAAUUUUUCUCCUCUGAUGAGAAGUUCUACAUUGUCCAGGAACUGGCCAUGGGUGGAGACCUCUUUGAUGAACUAGCAGAACAAGGCAGAAUCGCAGAGAAAGAAGUUCUCACACUCAUGCGAAGCAUCCUUGGCUGUGUCCAGUACCUUGCCAAGCGGAAUGUCUGUCACAGAGACCUCAACCUUGAGAACAUCCUCUUGGAUGAAACAAAGAACUAUGAGAAGCUCAAGGUGAUUGAUUUUGGUCUUGCCGCAAGGUGUGAGCCUGGAGAGAAACUGUUUGAAAUGGUGGGCAAACCAAGGUACAUUUCCCCAGAGGUCCUUGGGGAUGAUGGCUAUGACCUCAAGUAUGAUAUCUGGAGUGCUGGAGUCACUGCUUACACUUUGAUGGCUGGGUAUCAUCCUUUCGAGGCAGACCAUGAUGUGGAGGUCUACCAACAGAUUGUUGAUGGGUACUUUGACUUCAAGGGCCCAGAGUGGGAGACAGUCUCAAACCAGGCCAAGGACUUGUGA